UGCAAAAGCUGUUCCAGUGCACGCUACCGUAUUUAUAUUUCUGAAAACAAAUUGGUAACCAAGUCAAUCGACGCACAUUUGAAACUCUCGAAAUUCUCAGCGCUCGUUUCGGUCCGUGUUUUGUUUUGUUUUUUUUUUUUUUUUCCUUUUUGCUAGUGUUAACUAAAGAUUUGCCGUAUUUCGUUUUCCUGUUUGGAGUUAGACGAUGUCAAAGGCGCAGCAACUGAUGGCCAGGGACCAACAGGCGGCCAGGACGGAGGAGGAGGCGCGUCGCAAGCGCGCCGAGAUGCGUCAAAGCUAUGGUAACAAAUUUUCCAGCAUAAAUCUGCAUAGGAUGCGCCAGAAGCAGACGACCAAUGCCGGCGAUGUCAUCGCCACCAAAGCAACCACAAUGGAUGCUGCCUACAGCAAGAAGGCGCCGGUGGAAACCAAUGCCGAUGCGCCGGCAAUGCCGACGAAAAAGGAAAAGGAUGACCCCUCACUGCGUCGCAUCGCUUCCAGUUUUGCGCACGUGCGGGAUUUAGUUAGCGGCAGCACCGACGCCCUGCCCCUGGAGGAUAGCGAGGAUGAUGCUCGCGAGGAGCGCGCCGAGGUGCUCAUCUUCAGUCAGACAAUGCCGCCACCCGAUGAGCUGUCCGUUGACUUGCCAUCUCCUGGCAAAUCUGAGCCGGAAACGGAGCCCGACCUCCAGUCCCAAUCUCAGUUCAAUCUGGAAUCUGAACAGCAACCUCAACCGGAAACCAACAGCACAGACAUUGCUGCUGCUGCUGCUGCUGCACAGAUCGCUGAAUUGUCGGCAUCAGUGAUGUCGUCCAAAGUAAUGCUCGAUGCGCCGCACACCGAAUCCCGGGCCUUCGAACGCUGGCAGCAGCUGGGCAGCACGGUAUCGGCACUUUUCCGUGCCCGGCGGAACAUCGACAUCGCUGAGUCGCCGAUGGCGCAGACUCGACGAUUGCGCGAACAGCGCGAGCUGCUCGAGGCAUUCACCCGACCCUUUCUGUACGACGCGUACAGGAGGGAGUAAGUAAGGCUUGCGGUGACGCCUGAGAACUGAAACGGAAAGCCCAACAAACGGAGGCACCCCCCCUUGCCAAGCCAUUGAAAUUCAAACAAUUUAGAGCAGUGUCUUCGAUUAAAUUCAAUUCAUUAGAUCUCGC